CCACACAACCUAUGCAACAGCUCUCGGAUUAGGAAGCGCACUCUCAUUACAAACCCUCUGUUCAUAGUAGCUUGCCAUAAUGGCUGACACACAGCCAGUCCUAGGAAUGAUGACUACGGGCAAGCCAAAGAAGAAGCCCUGCUGCAAGGGGAGGAAGAAGGAGCCAUGGACAGACGGAGCUCUCCUUACAGAGUACCAGAAGGAGUAUUGGGAGAAGCGCGCCCCCUACCAGCGUCAGGGCGCCACCUACCCGCGCGCAAACCUCGGAACCGGCGGCCCCUUUGAAGGCGUGAGUAGCUACACCGCCACCUACAAGGGGCCGCAGGGAGAGCGGGCGCUGCCGUUCAAACCAGCACCCACGGAAAAGGAGAACCAGCCGUUCAGCCCGUGGACCACCUACAAGGUGGACUUUCCCGCCAAGGAGGUGCCGUACUCGCGUGUGCGCCCCAACCACCAACUGGCGCCGGCGGAGGGCCCCUUCGUUGACGCCACCACCAUGCGUACGGACUACCCGGGGUGGAUGGGCGCGAAGCCCUCCACGCCAGCGCAUGGGCGCGCCGUGUCGGUUCCGCGUGGCGUGGGGCCGUUCGAGGGGCUCAGCUCCUACAAGGACGACUACCGCAAAUGGCCGGGUGCCCGCGCACCCCCCGCCGCGCCCCUGCUCGGCUCCAACGCCGCCCUCCCUCGCGGCGCCUUCGACGACACCACCACCCACCGCACCUACUACACGCCCAAAGCCGUGGGGCCGCCGGAGCGCUUCCACCCGCAGCAGCAGACGGAGAAGCCGGAGGGCUGGUUUGACGGCGUGCCCUCCACCGAGUACCGCCGCCACUACGUGGAGAAGGAAGGUGGGCCGCAGCCGCGCGCCGGCGCCACCACCGGCGCCUCCGGCACCGCCCUGCCAAAGGGCCCGUUCGCAGGCACCUCCACCUACGCCACGGAGUACCGGCCGCGCACGGCACCCGCGUACGAGCGUGCCGGCAAACCCGCCGACGACCCCAAGGAGAGCGGCCCCUUCAUGGGCGCAACCACGUACGGCGACUCGUACGUCAAGAAGGAGGCGCCGUACGCGCGUGUCAAACCCACACACGCGCUGCAGGCCAGCGCCGGCCCCUUCCAAGACGCCACUGAGCACCGACAGUGCUUCCAGGACUGGGGCACUCAGCCGGUGGCGCGUGUGGGGCCGAACCGGGCAGGCAACUUGGCGACGGGCGGGCCGUUUGAUGGCGCCUCAACCUACAAGACGGACUUCCACAAGAUGGCGGGCGGGCUGCGCGCGCCCGUGGGGCGGCCGGUGUCCGGACACCGCGGGCUGCGGCAGCCGGGCCCCUUCCAGGGCAUCUCCACCUACACCACCGACUACAUCCCCAAGCCCUUUGACCCCUCGCGCUCCUACCGGCCCGGCACCUGCUCCUCUUGCGACCCCGCCUCCGACUGCGAGGAUGAGCCGUGAGCGGUGUAGCCCCCGUGGGGUCCGUAGCCGGCGGCAACGGCGGCGGCGGAGGCAGCGGCGGCGGCGAAGCGCAGGCGAUGGCAGCGGCGGCGGCGAAGCGCAGGCGAUGGCGGAGUGUGGAGCUGGUGUAGCUGAGUGGAGAGGCCUGGGGGUGCAGUGGAGAAGGCGAAGCGGUGUGGGCACAAGGGACGGGCCUCACAGACGCAAGUCAGCAGCACCUGACGAGCUAGCAUUGUGCGGCGGCCAGCUGCGGCGCGGGCUGUGGCGCCAGCCGCACACGUGCAGGCUUACCCCUGCACGAUAAGAGUGACACACCGGCAUAGCGCGAGGGGCGAGGCUUUCUCCGAGAAGCACUAUCGGUACACAAAGACGGGAAGGAGAGGCUUCUGCUGCUCGUAUGGCCUGAAGACCUGACCUAACGUUCACGUUUGAAGCAUGAUGGGUUGAUGACAGACCGGCCGGGCGGACUCCAGUCAUGGGGGGGGGGGCUGAGGCAUCCAUGGCGGACUGGGUUGCAUGAGACGUACCCAGUGGGGCGGUGGCUGGGGCGGUGGAACUUGCCACGUGUUGCUCCAUGCGUACAGUAUGCCGGUAUGCCUUAGAGGAGUGGGGCAAUUGGGCUAGCUAGUGGAAAGCGGACAUCUAUACAUAGUUGACACAACGAAUGCGGCAGCGACGCCUGGUCUAGGUAUACUGGUGGUGUUCAAUGUGGUGUUUGGUGGUGAAUCUGGUGAUGCGCAGGGUGGAAUUGAACUGGGCCCCAUGUCCUUUUCGAGGCCAGGCAGAAGCCAUGAUUAGCUGCUGUAUCGGAGUAUUAGGGGGCUGGUGCGAACCAUGUGCUAGCGAUCCCGACUUCCGGACUCAAUGUUGUUGGAGGCUCCAUACGCAGACAGAAUUUCGCCCGGUCUGCCGAGGCAUCCGGGCUGCAAGUACCUGCACCAUCGCAAGUGAGCGCAUGCUGGCCCCCACUGCCCAUUAGCGGUGUCGGGCCCCAAUCCUGUCUUGCCAUGGGGACGCCAUUGGGGGUGACCGGUUGCAUCAUGCAGCGACGGCGCCAAGCGUGGCUGCGCCUGGGCAAGCUCGCCACCCUGUUCUCAGCUAA